CUUAUUAGCUUUCAAUGGUAUUUGGAGCGCCGCCUGAACUCUUUUCGUAGUCUGGGCGCUCGUUGUCCAAUUUGUGCCGUGCACUGGGUUCAACGAUCCAUCGAGUGGUAUGAGUGGCACUCACUCAUUCCUUAAUCCUCCUUUGGACGAUGAGCCGCGCGAUGAUCCUUAGCGAUCGCGCAUCAGACCAAUUAACCUCCCACCAAUCUCUCAGCUUCCAAAGCAGGAGGGCCUCGCUUUGCAAUGGCGCACUAUUAGGCACCCAGAUCGGCGAGUUUCGGUCUUAGCGUACACCAUGGCUACCAAACGCUCAAAACUUGGUUCCCCCCUCUUGAAAGACAAUUUUGACUUGCGUGCCGGCCUUCUUCUGAUAGCUGAAGCUGGCCUAAUGUCUUUUGUUCUUACAUCUUCACUCCUCGUUUACUCUCUGAGACAAGUAUACAAGAAAUACCGUCGUCGCAGGAACAGCGCGUCAAACCCUAGCGUUGAACCUGAGCUCCAGCCUAUAUCAAUUUUGUUUUUGUGGAGUAUUUUCGCAGACGCAAUCUGUGGACUAGGGCAUAUCCUAUCCACCAGGUGGGUGCUCGCAGGCGAAAUCACCGAAGGCCCGUACUGUACAGGGCAGGCGACCUUAAAGCAGAUCGGGAAUAACGGCGUCGCAUGGUUUAGCAUGGCAAUUGCGGUAUUGACGUACCUUCAGGUGAUCCAUUCAACCUGGUUAGGCAAAAGAGGAGCAAGGAUUUUUGCAAUGGGAUCCAUUUGUUUUAUAACCGUAUUCAUCUUGUUGAUCGUUACGGUUCCUGCUUCGACUAUUCAUCCAUAUUAUGGCAAAGCUGGAUUGUGGUGCUGGAUUGGCGGCAGUAAUGCCAGCCGCCAGAGGCUACGAUUUGCCACACAAUAUGCGUGGAUCUGGCUUGCGAUAUUGGUAUCGAUUGUCACGUAUGGCAGGGUAGCAUACAGGUGGUUACAUCAAGCACCUCUUCAUCCCGACUGUGACCUGAAACUGGCCGCGAUUACCAUGGGAUGGUAUCCUAUUACCUAUCUUCUCGUCUCCGCGCCUACAUCCGUGGUUCGUUUCCGUCAAUUCCAUGGCUAUCGACCAAACACUGCCGAGCAGAUCUUUCCUUCUGCCCUUUCUGCCGCACACGGAGCCAUCAACGUCAUUCUGUGGCUUUCGACGGGCAGACGAUUCGGAUUCUCACCAAAGAAACGGGAUUUUUUUCUUGUCCCGAAGCUCCCAAGUUCCCCUGAGGAGGUUGAGACUCCGACCACGGACGAUGGUGCCGGAGCUUGCUACUCAACCGUGACCAUCCCAGUUACCCUGACGUCUGAGCGCCCCAUGAAUGGCAGCGGCCCCGAGACUGCUCAAGUUCCCUCGCCUUCCAACCCCAGCGGAGGCCGUAUUUUUAUACCUCCGAGGUCUCUUUCCCCCGUCCCCGAUUCACCAAGCAGUGACCGAACGAUUACUAUAGGUAAUACAAAUUAAUUGAUUCGUGCAUGGCCUUUCCCAUCCAUUCCGUUAAUCAUCACAAAUGAACCGCCAUAAUGACCUCAGUCCAGAGCUUGAGCUUG